UAUGGCGUUCAAUCCAGCUGGACUUGAGGCUCUGUCCGAGCUUUUGAAACCUCCACACGGCGAUGAUUCAAGUUCUGAUGACGAAAAUUUCUCGCCUAAGAAAUCCGCCGCAGUAAAUCCUGGAAGCAUUGGGCCACCAAAGAAACAAGAAAAACCUGGUGGUCCUCAAGCUCCCAAACCGCAACAAGCAAAGGGCCAUGACAUCUGGAAUGAAGAGGAGAUACCUGAAGUUGGACAAGGAGAUGAUGAGCUAGAUCCGAGACCUGCUCCAGAAUAUGAAAUGAUUUUUAAGCAAGCUGUAACUUCAGAGGACAUGUAUCUUCAAAUGAGUGGUAGAAAUCCAUCUUCCUCCAGCUGUGAAGAUUUAGUGAUAAAAAUCAAGCUUCCAGACACAGAGUAUUCUGAUGUAAAUUUAGAUGUAACAGAUACUUUUCUGGACUGUAGAACAACAAAAUAUAAACUCGGAGUACACUUGCCACACCCAGUGGACAGUAAAAAUGGCAAAGCACAGUGGGACAAAAGUAAAGACCUACUCACUGUAACUGUUCGACUUGUACGGGAAUAUGAUUUCCUUACACAAAGGUGACCAGAAGGAAUUCUCCUUGAUGUAUUCCUUUAGGACCUUUCAGGCAAGGAAAAAGAGACCAACAGCACAAGACUGACCAAGCCACUGUGAACCUGAUUCGAAUUCAGGACAGACUUCUUCAUUCUUAAUGGUCAGACAGGCAGACAUCUAUAUUUAUACAGGAUAGCCCCUUCAGUGUAGUAAACACUGGUAUCAACGGGGGUCCUGUUAA